CUGAACUCGAGGGAAACUUUUUACCCGAAUUGAUGAAAAACUUUCACCGUUUUUAAUUUUGUUUAAUUAUCUUUAAGUUUAUACCACCUCAUUUUAUUGUGUGAACAUUUGUUUUUUAAUAAUUCGUAAUAUUUUACAUAAUUCCUGAGAUUUGCAAGUGAAGAAAUUACUACUGCCGGACAGAAACAAGUUGAAACGGCUGAGAACUCAAAGUCACGGUUUCAGAUGGAGUGGUUACAGGAGAAAAUUCAGAGCGUGCCAUUUGUCUCUCAAGAUGAUGGGAUCGAGAAAGUGGUACCAGUCCAAAAACCCACAACCACGAAGUCGUUACCAGCUCAAAAACCCACAACUACAAAAUAUUAUAAUAGCAAGUUUGCUCAGUUUGAUACAAUUUGUGGGGGUGAAUAUGAUUUCGAAAAAGUUCCUUCGCCGAAGCCCGUCUCUAAUAAUACUCCCAAGAUGACAACGAAUGGAGUAAAUUCUAUCAGCAUGGACAAUGGAAUUCUCAAUAUACACAUUCCUUGUGCUUACUCUUUUCCUUAUCAACCGGUCAAAGAGAAACAAUCGGCACAGCAGAAACAAAACACAUCGACAAGGAGAACUACAAGAGAUCUUCAAAAUUCAAAGUCCAAGAGUCAAACUUCAUUGCCAACAUCGUCCACUAAUUCUCGAAGGAGAACAAGAUCAAGACCCAGAGAUAAUAAUGCUGAUUGCUAUGACCCUUGUGCCCCAUCUGCGCCUCCUUUCUGCUCUACGGUUAAAUCCAUUCGAGGUCCUCCAAACAGAGGUUAUUUCGAGUCUUAUUCAGCCCAACCGGAUUGCGGGGGUCCACCACAAGGCCGAGUAAAAACCUCGAUGAAGUGGGAUUUUGAUACUGGAGUGCAGAUUCCUGUCAAGAAAGUCGAUUAUGGAGAAGAACUUUACGAACAAGCCGUUCAAAUCUGGGCGAAGCAAUUCGCUUUAGAAAAAGGGAGAAACGGUUCUAAAAUAAACGUUGGAGCAAUCUUGUCCUCCAUGAAGGAUGAUACCAAAAAAGAGGAGAAAUGUCGAGACUUCUCAAAGCCAGCAUUUCACUCCAGCUUGAAAGUUACCAAUGAGUUAACCAAAGCCCUGGAUCAUCUGAAUCAAUUGCCAGACCAAAUGGAACGCAUCUUUUUGCAUGAUGAUAGAUUUGAACCGAUUGUUCUUGACAGGGCAACAAAAAUUCUAAAUGUGCCUCGUGAAAAGAAAGUUUUCAAGGAUUUGGUCUCUGUCGAACCGAAUAAUGCGAUAAAGGACAGAGUGACGAAAUCAAUUUCGGAUCAAAUUAAAGCAGUGAAGCCGGGGACGAGGUCACGAGAUGCGGAACCAAAUUUAUUGGAUUAUCAACAAGUGUCUUUCUCAAGAAUUAGGCCUAAACCCGUUCCUCCUCCACCAAGACCGCAGGCCGGUGUUGGUAUUGAUAUUCGAAGCCAGACUAAAUAUCAAAUGAUCAAUGCAGACAAACAGUUUGAAGACGCUGCAGAUAAAUUAUAGCAGAAUUAUUUAUUAGAGAUUUACAUAAAUAAUCAACUGCUCAUUUGUAAUAUUUUAGUAUUCGCUUCUAUGCUACUGCCAAAAAAACAAAGUUCAAAUUUCAUGUGUUCUUUUGAUUUAUUUAAGUAUGCAUGUCUUAUGUAUAAUGCAACGUGCACCAGUAAAUUUAUAAAAAUGUAUAGUUUACUCGUUAAUCUUCAAAAUCACUAUUGUGCAAUUAAUGUCACUAUACUAUCUUGUUUAUUGCUUUAAGAAGGCAUAUACGUUGAAAAAAUCUCAUAACUAAAAGACAGAGACGACGGUUGCGUCUCCUUGUGUGCCGAGA